GGCACCAUUGUACAAUGCAACUGUCUCGCUUGUACUGCGACUUUCUUGCACGCUCCCAACGACUAUGGAAAGGUCAUAUAUAGAACUGAUGCGGCACCAUCACUAGCUACUGACUCCUUUUCUCCGACCCUCGUUUUUUCUGUUAGGGGCCAGGACUUGCCAUUACACGAGAUUUUGAAUGCUACAUGUGACAACAGUGGUAUGCAGUCUCAGCGUCGCGUUACCUUUCAUCUCCCCGACGGCUCCCAAGAAAGUUGCAGUGACAGUGGUCUAGGAGACCAUGACCCUGUAGGAAGUGGAACAUUGAUCUCACACCCUCUUCCUCUGGUUCAGCCACAGGAAGAAUUCUACGACCAAGCUUCUCCAGACAAGAGGACUGAAGCUGAUGGAAACUCUGACCCGAACUCUGAUGGCCCUCUUGGACCUAGAGGAUUAGCAGAAGCUACUGAAAUGUGUACUCAAGAAUGCCUGAUAUUGGGCCAUUCUGAUAAUUGCUGGAUGCCCCCAACUCUUGAUCCUUACCAGCAACCAAAAUCACCUCUUUCUACAUUUGCACCUCAAAAAGAAUGGCUGAAAAAGGACAAAUUGGUUAAUGGACACACAUUGACAAAAACCUGGAAAGAAGACAGCAACAAAAACCAAUUCAAUGACCGUAACCAAUAUGGCUGUACUGAUGGACACUUUACAAGUGGAAACCAUAUGAGUGACAUUCCUUUGGCUAAUUUAAAGUCCUAUAAGCAAGUCUCAGGUGCCCUGGAAAGCCCAAAGGAGCAGCAACUAUAAACCUGUCUUUUUUGGACCAGUGACUUUAGCCAAACUAGAUUUACUAUUAUUGUGUGUUCAGAGCUUCAUGUACUGAGUAGACCUCUAGAACUAUGCGACAUAUAACAAAAUAUGCAUACUUUUGUGUUAGCACCAUUGAAAAUGUGGUGCUCUACUACUAUAUGUGAAUAAGCAUAUUUCUAGAUUUGUGAUUAUUUUGGUGAAUGGAGUUAAAAAAACUCUGUUAAACUGUUUUUUUCAAUUUUUUUUUUUACCCUGGACUGCUGCUACAGAUUGCAGGAGACAUCUUGCUAUAAAGUUAUAGGAAUAAGGAAAAAAAGAAUUCAGUGUGGAAUGUUGUAGUUGAGAAGCAUAUCAAAGUAGAUGAAUUGUACUCUUGUUGUUGUCAAUAUGUGCUGGAACAGUUAUACUUGACAUCAUACUUCAAAACAAACCAGCUAAAUCUUUAAAGAUGAAACCUAUUGUGCUAUUAAUAAUGUUAGUGGACACUUGUAUGUCACUCAGUGUUCAGAUACCUGUAAAUAGAAGCAAGUUACUACUAACAAUUUUUGUGUACUUAUAAAGUUCACUUAUAUACUGUAGCAUAAAUUUGUGUCGAGGUUGCAUUCAACAGUAUUUUCUUUUAUUUUUUAUGUUUUAUUUCAAGUGUCAGGUGUUUCAAUGUUUUCUGUCUAACAUAUAACAACUUAAAACACUUGUGUUAAAAUAUAAAAUAUGUUUUAGUGUGGUAGGAGAGUAAUGUGACCAUUUGGCAAUUAAACUGUUCUCUUGAGGUUUUAUUUGUAAAGAUAUCAAUAUAUUUAUUAAUUUAUGCAUUAAGUAAUAUGUACAAUAAUAAUAAAAAGUUAUUAUAUAAUUGGAAUCAAUGAAUUUAAUACCCUGAAUCAAAACUUAUUACAGCCUGAUUAUUAAUCUAAUUGUGAAAACAGUUUUAUUGCUAACAUGGACUAAUGUGUUGCUAGUGUGCUGUAAUAACACAAGUGUUUUUUUUUCUUAGAUCAUAGCCACAAAAUAUUAAAUGUGUUGUGACUCCAUAGUGUAACAGGGCAUUCUCCUAGUAGGCCAGUUGGUGGAAAUGGUUAGCUAUCAAUUUUUGUUGUUAAUUAAUGUUUGUUAACAUCAUUGGCCAAUGCCUAGCAAGAAAAAUAUCAUAUCACUGUUUAGCCAAAAGUGAAUUCUGAUGUUCAUAGAAUCUCAGUUGCACGCAGACAUAAAUUGGAACAUUCUGUCAAAGUUUUAGUUAAGGCAUGAUGGACAAUUUAAACAAAUAUGUAGCAUGCAAAAUUCCUUACAGAAAUAAAAAUAUUUUAUGCCACAGUUAAACAUCAAUGAAAAGUUUGUUAAUCGGAUGGUUAUUUUUAUUUGUUGUUGUUUUUCUUUUCCAAUAAAAUAUAUUUUGUGUAUAGCAACUCACAAUUUUAUCCACAAUAUAGGUGUGAAAAGGGGAAGGGGUGCAUUGCUUUUUUGCAGUAAUUUGUCAGUUUGUAAGGGGUGUUUGAUGAUUAUGACAGAAUACAUAUCUAAUCAGUUAUCCUUGUUACUGCUUUGCCGGUUCAACGUUAUUUGCAGUUAUU